UAUAAUUACCCUUUCCAUAAAACAAUGAUGAAGAACGAAGAAUCAGAUGAAGCAAAUAUCCUCGAGAUGGAAGAAGAAUUCUCAGAUGCUCCAUCUUCGAGGAGGAUUAGUUCCAGUAUUCAUAACUUUUCAGAGAUAAUUUCAGGAAGUAACUCAGUACAAUAUGGGGAUAGAUUUAGUCAAAAUUAUAAGCCUAAAAGGAGAAUAAUUACCAAUAUCGAGACCAAUAACAAUGAAGAGGCUUUCCAGGACCAGAACAGCCAAGGCAAGAAGAGCAAAGUUAGUCUGUACAAGCUGGAGAAGAAGGAAGAGAGUGAGCUGCAAGACUUACAGAUGGAAGAAAGCGAGGAUUGGUUCUUAGAAGGAAAUUUCCGUUAUGAAAGUCCAGAGAAGAACACAGAUUAUCAGGAAGGAGAGUCUUACGAAGCUCGACCUUCAUCCCAGCGGGAUGAAAGCGGAAGGCUUGAUAGAGUCACUGUUGGUAAUGAUCAUAUUCCUGAAGUCCACACAAGUGAGGAAGAGAAUUCCAUUAUGAACUCCCAAGCUAUCAGGGAGACCAACGAGGAGAUCAAAGAAGCUUUCCAACAUAUAGAAUACGAAUAUGUCGAUCAGUCUAUUCGGCAACGCAAAUGGAUCAAUCGUUCAAUCAUGGAAAAGAGAGACCAAGACAGGAUGGAAGACUACCGACGAAAACAAGCUCAUAAUUCUUUGAAAAGAGAGUUCAAGGAAAUGCAAGAGGUGAGAAGUCAUAAUAAGGUUCAUACGAAUAAGAAAUCAAGAGAAUUGGCUAAGAAGGCUCUUAAGAAGAAAAUCAAGGGUGUUAUUGACCAGUACUCUCAAAAUGGGUACAUGGCAUUUGAGCAUUACCUUCAUGUGCUUUACAUACUUCAAAUUACACAGAGUAUGGGGAAACUUGAUAUGGAUUCUCCAAAAACAUCAGUCUUGAAAAGAGUUAAAGAGGAAAAGGAGCAGAAUGAGUUGAACUUUGCAUUACAAUUAUGGAAUAAGAUCAACUGCUACCUCUUCAAUUAUGUGGACUGAAGAAUUCUCAUCGAUUUCUUAAUGAUUCUGUUAUCAAAUUCAAAAUCAAAAAUUGCUGUAGCUGAGAAUUACAUCAACGAAAUCUCUCAAGCUGAUGAUCUUCCAGCAGAAGAGAUUGCUAAGAAUAGAGAGCGCAACUCUGAUCUAGUUGUUGAUGAACUUUGGACAGUUGAGGAGCUCUUCAUGUUUUAUAAAUACAAGCUUAAUUGUGUAUCCAUCGUUACUAGGACUGGCUUCAGUGUUGAUCGAGGAAUGAAGAAGGACAAAAUUAUAUCUGAGCACUACAAAGAAUGAACAUUCAGGCCAAAAAUUACAAAGAAAGCACAUGAAGUUGCUGAAAAAUAAGCUGACGAUGCAGAAGUUAGAUCUUCAUUUAAAAGUGUUUGACGCUGAAUGCCACACUUUAGACUCACUCUUAGUGAGUGAUAAACAAAGUAUGAAGGAUAAUUCAACAGCUAAGAACAAGGUUAAGCGUAUUUCAAGGUACAGCAGAGGAAACCCAAAAAUUCGUACUGGAAAAAAUAUAUCAACCUCAAGUUCUCGCCAUGAAUUGCUGUAUAAAGAUGCUGAAGAGAUCAAUCACAGGCUCUCUUUGGAACGAAAUAAGAAGGAAGAGGAAGAAAUGAAGGCAUGCACAUUCCAUCCUAAAAUCUCAGAGUUCAGGAACUCGAGAGCCCACUUCCGCCCUCAUAGCAAUGAUGUUCAGAGGAAGUACUUGCUCUCGUCUCUGGAAAGAUUAAUUCCAAGUAAAGAUCAGCUAGAGUUGAAGAAUAAAGUGUCUGAAGCACACAAAAGAAAAAUUGAGCAAGAAGAACUAGAGAAGUGUACCUUCAAGCCUGAGUUUGUGCAAGGAAUUGUAGACUGGCAGAACAAAGUCCAAAACCUCCCAGGGAUUGACAACCAUGUUCGAAGGAUGAAGGAAUCUCAAGAUGAGGUCAAGAGAAAAUAAGACUUUCUUUGACGACCUCGGAGCUAAAUAUAAAGGUAAAUAAAACCAAAUUUGAGCCAUUCGAUUUGACAAAGAGUAAGGAAAAGGAUGUUUGUCUACCUAACUCUGGAGCCAAUGUCAGUCCUCCCCUGUUGUUCCAUAAGAAAGCCAAGUUCAGAGCAGGUAAACUUGGGUACCAAGAAGUCAGCUCAGGUAGUGAUUUGAGUAAGAGAGUGUCAACGCACUCUUCGUUAAGAAAUGAAACUAUGAAUGACAGCAAGGAGAACGAAAAAUUUGCCAAGUUAAGGAUACAUUAUAAGAACAAUAAAUAUGCUGAGAUCAAGGUCUUUGAGAACACUGAUCCAGAUCACUUGACAGAAAGCUUCUGUAAUAAAUACAGGCUCGGAAAUAAGAUGAGACAGCAAUUGAAAAGUAUAAUUAUUAGAAGGCUUGAAACAUUAAGGCCACAAAGUGUUCUCCCUUCUGAACAUAUUGAGGAGGAAAAAGAGUCAUAUAGUGAUAAUUCAAAACAUGACCAUCCCUCUGGGAAUCCCAACCGAGCCAAGGCUAUACGUGAGGUGUGUUUGGAAGAGAACACGCCUACCAACACCUCAGGCUACUUUAACGAAGCAGAUAAUGAUCAGACUUCCUCUGCUCUGCCGCUUCCAGAGCUUAACAUAUCAACCAAGGACUAGAGUUGGUCUGGUCCCUGUUC